UUGGUGGUAUAGUGCCUUCCAAAUACAUAGCUAUGAGUUUUUUGCUCUACUUUUGGAUAUGACAUAAAGCUAUUAAGUUUUAGAAAAUUGUUUUGCUAGAUGUUUUAUUUCUUUUAUUUUUAUUUGAUUCUGUGUAUUCUUUAGGUUGAUUAUAUAUAAAUAAUAUAUUUUAAAUAAUUUUAAGGUUUACAGUUCCUAUUUUUUUAAAAUUUUUGUAUUUGAGAAGGGAAAGGAGAAAGGAGAAAGGAGAGAGAAAGAGAGAGAGAGAGAAACACAAGCUCUUAUCUGUUGGCUCUCAACCCUGUCUCCAAUAGAUAGAUUUGGGCCAGGUCAAAGCCCAGAGUUGGGAACUUAAUCCUGGUCUCCAGUGUGGGUUACAGUAACCCAGUACCUGAACCAUCACCUCUGUAUUUCAUAGUUUGCGUUAGUAGGAAGCUGGAACCAGAGCCAAGGAUUGAGCCAGUUACUCUGCUGUGGAAUGUGGGCAUCCUAAGCAAUGUUCUAACUGCCAGGCCAAACACCCAUCCCCAUCUCCCCAUUCCCUUUUUUAACAUUUGUUCUCUGUAGUGGCUCUUGCUUUCUGUGUUGAGUUCAUUGCUUCCUUGUGGUGCCUUUUGGCUUAGUCUUGCAUCGCCUUCCUAUUCUACACACUGCUGCUUCUGGAGGCUUGGCUGGGUUUGGGCUCAGCCACUUUGGUGAGAAUACCUGCCGGGUGGCGCUGUGUUCUUCCUUUGUCACAUUAGCAGCCUGGCUGGACCGUUUUUAGAGAGCUUAGGGCUCAGACGAUGUCAAUCAGCAUUACCUUUCAUGGUAAAGUUCCACAUUAACCUUUCACCCAGUGGUUUUAAUGCAUAUUAAUAAUCGUCUUGAUCUGUUAUUUUAAUAGGGAUUGCAAGAUAGUAAUUUAAAAAUUAUCUCUGAUUAUUUUUUCCUAGUAGCUGAAUUUUCCUAUAACGAGAACUCCAGUCACCCUGAAAUGCAAUUUGUAUGAGAAAAGCAGGACAAAUGCUCUGUUCCUUACCCUUCCUUACCCUUUUCUGAGCAGUGAGCUAGUGCCGUGGUAACCUUGGAGGUAGCUAAUGUCAUGCUCUAACCAGUGCUGUGAUGUGAUGGUAUUUGCAGUGCUUCUUAUUUCUGUCAACAAGUGGCAGUGUUAAAGAGGUAUUUUUGCUUUUAAGCUGCUGAAGAAGUCUUGUUCAUAAGGGUCAUGAAAGAUGAGAGGAUACUUAGGGAGGAAUCUUGUUUACUUUUGUGAGGGCAGAUGGUCUUCACCCUGCCAUACCCGUUCUUGCACCAUCACCUCCAGUUGCUCUCCUAAUUGAGACAUUUAGGAGGACUGGGCUCUGCAGGCAUGGAGCAGACGCCUUGGUCUCAGAAUGGCUUUAUUUUAUUUUAUUUUUUGUAAUUCGGGAAUGUGUCAACAUUCCACAUAUUUGCCGAGUAAGAUCCUGUAGCUUCACAUUAGGGAGAGUAAUGUUUUAUCCCUGGGACCACCACAGGGGGAGCCUGUGCUCCUUCGGACUCUAUAGAAUGUAACUGUUGGGGUUUUUUAUAUUAAAGGGUUCAACAGCCCACAAGAAAAAGGCAAAGAAACCAGCUUAGGAUGGACCCCUAUAGAUAGAACAACAGAAACUGUCUCCAGUCUGCCUUCCUAAAUAGUAAUAACCAUGACUCUCUUACAGAACAUGGUGGAUAAUGAGGGUGAGGAUGGUGGCAGUGGGGUAUGUGUGUUGGUUUAUGUAUACUGAGUUAGGAAGUUUUUAUAAAAGAGUAAUCUGGGAAAUGUGCCUGGCCUAUGUAAAUGUGGAAUUUGGAAUCAGGAAGUAAGCAAAACAGCUAGAUUCGAUGCGUGUAAGUAGCAUAUAUUAUUACAAUAGAUGCUGACAUUCAAUGUAUUGUAAAUCAUGUGGGUAGACAGUGACAAUUUCGGCCGUUUGAAGUUUUUUCAGAGCUGGUUGGGUCAUUUAAGGAAAAUUUGCCCAAGAAAGGAAAGUAUGUCUUUGGGUUUGUCCUGCCAAAUCAGUGUGUAUUUUGGAUCUAGAUGCCUCUUUUGUCUUAUUCACUGGGUAAAUAGGAUGGCAAAAUAAAAACCACACAUUGGAAACAAGAUGGAAUUUUGGAUUGUGACCACUAUAAAUGAUACAUGCCAUAAAACCUAACAGAGGGAAGUCAUUGUUUUAGCCUCAUUUAACAAAUAUGGAAUGAGAACCUACCACAAGCAAACACUAUGUAAGGUUCCAAGUGUAGAGAAGUGGACAUUUUACCUGUGCCUUGAAGGGUUAUUGGGCUAUAAUAAGAAAAACAGUGGAUAAAUGGCCAAUCACAAUAGCAGGUGAUAAAUAUUUCAGUUAGGAUUUCUUUGAGAUUCUCAGGGAACUCACAGGAGAAUAUAUGACCCACUUUUGGGAAGACCAAGGUGACUAUCCUAUAAAGGAUUUUGAGCUACAAACUAGUGUCUGUGAGAGGAGUAAGACAAGUCAAGUCAAGGGGAAUCCAAUGUGCAAAGGCCCCACCCUAUCAGAACAUGGUCCUUAAAACAGAAAAUAUUUGGCAGGUCUAGAGUGUAGGCUGUGAGUGAACAAAAACAUUUUAAGUUACAAGACUGCAAAAAAUGGCAAAGAUUAAUCAUGAUGGCUUUGUAAAUCAACAGGAAGUUUGGAUAUUCUGUGGAAGACAGUGAGGCAGUAAAAGCAGUAAUAUGAGUCAGAAAGGUGUUUUGAUAAAACUACGCUGGUCCAUAGUAAGUGCUUGUAAGCCUUUGUAUAUUAAAUGGCAUUGUUGGGGCCAGUGUUGUGGCUUAGCGGGUAAAGCCGCUGUCUGCAGAGCUGACAUCCCAAAUGGGCACCGGGUUGAGUCCUGGCUGCUCCACUUCCAAUCUAGCUCUCUGCUAUGGCCUGGGAAGGCAGUAGAAGAUGGCCCAAGUCCUUGGGACCCUGCACCCAUGUGAUAGACCCGGAGGAAGCUCCUGGCUCCAGCCAUUGCGACCAGUUGGGGAGUGAACUAUCGGAUGGAAGACCUUUCUCUCUCUCUCUGCCUCUCCUCUCUCUGUGUAACUCUGACUUUCAAAUAAAUAGAUAAAUAUUUUUUAAAAAAUAAAUGGCAUUGUUGUAUUUUAUUCCAUGCUUUCAGACAUGUGUGUGUUGACUGCAGUCCUGUACCUGGUGAUGAUUAAAUGUGCAGGGCAGGUCGGAGCUUGUAUGUGCCUUCUCAUCUGUCACAUGGGGUGACUUCCUAGUAUUUCUAAGAAUUGCACAAUCUCAAGCCACAGCUGUGACUGUUCAUGGUAGUUUAACCACCCUCUGAAACCUAGUCAAUUAAAGGAAUAAAUAGAACAAACUUUGAUGGCCUCUGAUACAGCUAAGAAAUUAAGAUGGUUCUAAGAUGCACAAGCUGCUAAGCAUGUGAGGAUAGUAAUCCAGAAACACCAGCUUGGGUGCUUUUUCUGUCAGAGAAUGGGAGACAGGCAGUGAGAGUGGGAGGGAGGGAGAGAAGGAGAGAAUAAGUCUAGAAGGUAAAACAGAAAUAUGGUUAGAUAUGGGCAAAGAUAAGAAAGCUUCCUGAAUUUAAGAGACUACUGAGUAUGAGGUGCUUUGAUUGGCAGAAAAAAAGGGGAAGAAAACGCCAAGAAACCAACUUCAAGGUUUUGCAUGUAGUGAGAGAGAACAGAGGAAGAGAAGUGCAUCCUUUCGAAUUGUCAAAUCUAAGGUGGUAAAGGGGAACAGAACUGUACCUGAGCUUGGGAUGAGUGAGUCCCUGAAAUGGUAAAGAUGUUUCCAGAAGGUGGAAGACUUCUUGGAUUCAUACAGAAUUAGUGCUUCGCGUCAGCUGCUACCUGAUGAAGCUCUGGUGAAGAGAGGAGCAUGGAAGCUCUCCGCUGUGUACAUUAAGGACCAGAAGAGGAGAGAGCUGGCAGAGACAGAGAGGGAGUCAGCAAAGUGGCCACAGGAAACAGGAAGGCCUUAACCAAGACACAGGUCCGGCAACAGUAGAGCAAGCAGCAGUCACAUCUCAAGAAAAAGAAGACACAACUGAUAAUAUCUGAGAGGAAGGAAGUGGUGCGUCUUGCUGGGCCUCUGCAUGUAGCAUUAUACAAAUUUUUUUUAUAGACCACCUCCCAAAUAGUUUCCAGAGAUGGAUUAUCCUGCUUUCCUCUUGGCUACUCUUUUUGUAUACAAAGCUCUAUGUGAAGAGAUAUUUUGGGACACGACUGUUAAAUUUGCCAAGAAUAUGACUCUAGAAUGUGUGUAUCCAUCAACGGACAACUUGACCCAGAUCGAGUGGUUCAAGAUCAAUGGACUCCAGAAAGAGUCCAUAGCCAUUUUCAACCCUACUUAUGGUGUGGUCAUAAGAGAGCCCUAUGCUGAUAGGGUUUCCUUUUUGAAUUCAACAAUGGCAUCCAAUGAUAUGACCCUUUCCUUUCAUAAUGCCUCUGAAGCUGAUGUUGGCUCCUAUUCCUGCUUUCUUCACACUUUUCCACUUGGAUCUUGGGAAAAGAUGUUACAAGUGGUGCAGUCAGAUAGUUUUGAGAUUGCUGUGCUACCAAGUAGUCACAUCAUGUCAGAAUCUGGAAAAAAUAUCACACUCACCCAUCAGCUUCAGAUGAAGUGGCCAGUGCAACAAGUCACAUGGGAGAAGGUCCAGCCCCAUCAGAUAGACCUCCUAACUUCAUGCAACUUGCUCCAAGGGAGAAGUUAUGCCUCCAAGUACCAAAGGCAAAUACUGACCAACUGCAGCCGGGGGAGCAGGCGGAGUUCCAUCACCAUUCCACACGCCUCAGUCUCAGACUCAGGGCUGUAUCGCUGCCGCUUCCACGCCAGCACAGGAGAAAAUGAAACCAUUGUGAUACGAUUGACCAUAACUGAUGGUAAAAGUGAUAUCCCAUAUGUCCAUUUCGUGGCUGGAGGGACAGUUGUGUUGUUGUUUGUUAUUCUAAUUACCACCAUCAUUGUCAUUUCUUACAACAGGAGGAGAAGGAGACAGAAAAGAGUUCUAUUUGAAAAAUCUAGGGAUACACAGAAUAAGGCAGCCAAGAACUAUAGAAGUCAUACUUCUACCAGUCAGCCACUGGACAGUGCAAAAGAAGAUAUUUAUGUCAACUACCCAACCUUUUCUCGCAGACCGAAGAUUAGAGUCUAAGCUUUUCCCUUUGCUUGAGAAAAUUCAAGAUGACUGUUAAAUGCAUGGACCUUCAUACAACUUCCUCCCACCACCCAGCAUCUCCCAUGGAUACCAACUCAUCACACCUCUUCCAUUUGACAGGAAAAGUGUUGCAUCAUUUAGAGAAUGUUAUGAACAGAAAUGCUUCAGAAAAUCUGACUGUAAUAAUUAGCUUGUAUGUAAAAGAAAAUGUACUGAAUCAUGUACCAGAAUGAUCUAGGGGAGAUCAUUAACUAGGGCUUAACUGUGUCUGGAAUUAAGUGUGGACAUGAGCUAGUGUCUGGGUCCCCUUCCUUAGUGCAGAGCUCACUUGCCUGAUGUAGGCAUAACUCUCACAGACUUUCUUCUUGGGCUUCCAGAGGGCUGCCAGUAACUCCUGGUAAUUCAUACAUUCUUCCUGUUGUCUGGUAACGGGCUUGCUUCUCCAGAAUCGCAAAUGGAUUUGGGUAUUUGUCCAUCACAAGGCACGUACCAGGCCCAGAAGGGAUGAAAUAGCUGUAGUCAAGGUACAUUGCUUACAAUUCAGUGGGAAAGGGAGCCUCAAUGUUGAGGAGGUUACCAACAAACACAGAAUGCAAGAUGUCUCUUACCAACUCCUAAAUUGUGAAUAUACGUGGGUCUAGGUUAGUUCUCCCUCCCCCAUUCUGGAAUCUGCUAUAUCAAAAUAGUUUAGAAGAGUACUUGGCAGUAAAUAAAUGAAUACCCAAGAGAAAGACAAAUAAGACAGCAAUAUCACUUCCUUUCCUCUUUUCAAAUUUAUGUCUCAUUCUAAGUAGAAUUCUUGCCACCAUCCCAGGCCUAACCUUAUGAGCAAAUGUAGAAGAUGGACCAAAAAUAAAUAACAUUUUUGAUAUUUUUUUCUACUUUUAAGAAUUAUCUUUAAUGCAUAAAUUCUUUCAAAAGGUUCAGGCACUGAAGCAUAACUCAAUUUAAAAAAUAAGUAUAUAAAACUUUAAUACAUGAAAAAGAAUGAGAGAAGUGGCAAUAUAGGGUGGUAGGGUAGAAAUUUUAAGGGGAAGGGUAAAUAGGAGGUUGGGAAAAGGAGUCAAAGAAUAGGAAGAUACAAAGGGGAAUUUCUCCUGCUUCACGGUUUGGACAAAACAGUCCUAGUGACAUAACUGAUAGUCAAAGCCAUUCAAGAUCAUACCUAUCACAUCUGAGAUUGUUAAAAAAAAUUCUAGAGGUAGGCAAACCACAGCAAGUAUUUUUGAAACUAAAUAAAAAUGUCCUGGAGACCUUGAAACCAUUAUUAGCAUUUUUGAGUACAGUGAGUAUUUCAUGUCUGAAGAUUUAUCACUUAUCUCUGAAAAUCUCUAAAAGAUUAUUAUUUUAAAAUGAUUGAUUAAAACUUGUAUUUAAUUACCAAAGCUGUAGCUUCAUGAAAAUAUUAAGUGAACAUAGUUAAAAUUCUCAUGCUAUCUGAACAGAUUCUAGGUUGUAGUGUGCAGUUUUGAGCUAGUCAGUGAAAAUUUUUAUUUGAGCCUUAAAUAUCAUACAUGCAAAAUAGUGCAAUUAUUCUGUGAUUUACAGAAAAUAUGAUUGCCCACAUGUCUGUGAAUUAUAGAAAUUGUGAGGUUUUUGUAAACUGUCUAAAAGAAAAAUGAUAAAAAUGAAUAUUUCCUAGUUGAAAGAAAAAUAAUAAAAAUGACUGUUUCCUAGUUAAACUUA